AUGAAUAAGGCGCUUAUUGCAGCAGUUAAGGAAGGGGAUGUUGUGAAGACAAGAUCUAUUCUUGAGGAUGAGGCAAUUGAUAUAAUCAAGGAAGAGUUAGAAGAUACAAAUGGGAAGACAAUCCUCCACAUCGCUUCAGAAGAAGGGCACAUCGAGUUGGUAAAAUACAUCAUUGACGUAAGGGAUAAGUUUAUUCAGCAGAGCGGGAAUAAUGGUAAUCGUCCUCAAGAUGAUUCUCAGAGUCGUCUUCGGAAUCUCGCUCAAUAUCUGGAUAUCAAUGAGAGUGAUAAUAAUGGUUUUACACCUCUCUACCUUGCCUCAAGGUUUGGUCAUUUAGAUGUGGUUGAGUGUUUAGUCAGACAUGGAGCAGAUGUAAACAAAGCAACAUCAGAUGGCGAUACACCCCUUUGUAUUUCAUCAACUAACAGUCAUCUCGAUGUGGUUGAAUGUCUCGUAAGUUUUGGGGCAGAUGUAAAUAAGAUGGGGAAGAGUGGGGCAACACCUUUACAUUACGCAUCAGACAAUGGUCAUUAUGACAUUGUGAAAUAUCUCAUUUGUCAGGAAGCUAAGUUAAAUUCUGUCGAUUGUAAUGGCCGUACACCUCUUCAUUUUGCUUCAAAAAAUGAUCAUGUUGAUCUUGUACAAAGCCUUAUCGAUGCAGGAGCAAAUCUAAAUGCAGAAGAUGUGGUUUGGCGUACACCUUUUUAUCUUGCUUCAUAUGAAGGUCAUUUUGAAGUAGUUAAAUGUCUAGUGACUGCAGGAGCAGAUGUCAAUAAACCGGAUAAGGAUGGAUGGACACCUCUUCAUACGACGUCAGAGAAAAAUCACAUAGAUAUUGUCAAAUAUCUCAUUUCCCAUGAAGCAGAUCCGAAUUCCGGUAAUCGUUUCGGCUGUACAUCUCUACAUUCGGCCUCACAGGGGGGUAACACAGAUAUCGUAAAACAUCUCAUUGCUGAGGGUGCAAUCCUGAAUGUAGUGGAUAAGAGAGGCGUCACACCCUUAUUUCUAGCUUCAUCAAAUGGUAACCUUGAAGUUGUUAAAUGCUUAGUGAAUGAAGGAGCAGAUGUCAAUAAAUCGACUGAGAAUGGAUGGACUCCUUUUCAUGUGGCAUCACAGAAUAAUCACAUAGAUAUUGUUAAAUAUCUCAUUGCUGAGGGUGCAAACAUCGACGCAGAAGACGAUAAGGGGAGGUCAUCUGCAUACAUGGCGUCGCAUAAAGGUCAUCUUGAUAUCGUUAAAUAUCUAGUGAAUGCAGGAGCAGAUGUCAAUAAAUCGACUGAGGAUGGAUGGACACCACUUCAUGUAACGUCACAGAAUAAUCACGUAGAUAUUGUAAAAUAUCUCAUUGCUGAGGGUGCAAACAUCGACGCAGAAGAUGAUAAGGGAAGGUCACCUGUAUAUCUGGCUUCUACGAACGGUCAUCUUGAUAUCGUUCAAUGUCUGGUGAAUGCAGGAGCAGAUAUCAACAAAUCGGAUAGGGAUGGAUGGACACCUCUUCAUGCGGCAUCAGAAAAAAAUCACAUAAAUAUUGUCAAAUAUCUCAUUUCCCAUGGAGCAGAUCCAAAUUCCGUUAAUCGUUUCGGCCGUACAUCUCUACAUUCGGCCUCACAGGGGGGUAACACAGAUAUCGUGAAACAUCUCAUUGCUGAGGGUGCAAUUCUGAAUAUAAUGGAUAAAAGAGGCGUAUCACCCUUAUUUCUAGCUUCAUCAAAUGGUAACCUUGAAGUUGUUAAAUGCUUAGUGAAUGAAGGAGCAGAUGUCAAUAAAUCGACUGAGGAUGGAUGGACACCACUUCAUGUAACGUCACAGAAUAAUCACGUAGAUAUUGUCAAAUAUCUCAUUGCUGAGGGUGCAAACAUCGACGCAGAAGAUGAUAAUGUAAGGUUAACUGUAUAUCUGGCUUCUAGGAACGGUCAUCUUGAUAUCGUUCAAUGUCUGGUGAAUGCAGGAGCAGAUAUCAACAAAUCGGAUAGGGAUGGAUGGACACCUCUUCAUGUGGCAUCAGAAAAAAAUCACAUAAAUAUUGUCAAAUAUCUCAUUUCCCAUGGAGCAGAUCCAAAUUCCGUUAAUCGUUUCGGCCGUACAUCUCUACAUUCGGCCUCACAGGGGGGUAACACAGAUAUCGUAAAACAUCUCAUUGCUGAGGGUGCAAUUCUGAAUGUAAUGGAUAAGAGAGGCGUCACACCCUUAUUUCUAGCUUCAUCAAAUGGUAACCUUGAAGUUGUUAAAUGCUUAGUGAAUGAAGGAGCAGAUGUCAAUAAAUCGACUGAGAAUGGACGGACACCACUUCAUGUAACGUCACAGAAUAAUCACGUAGAUAUUGUAAAAUAUCUCAUUGCUGAGGGUGCAAACAUCGACGCAGAAAAUGAUAAGGGGAGGUCACCUGUACAUAUAGCUUCUAUGAACGGUCAUCUUGAUGUCGUUGAAUGUCUGGUGAAUGCAGGAGCAGAUGUCAAUAAACCGGACGAGGAUGGGCGGACACCACUUCAUGUAACGUCACAGAAUAAUCAUAUAGAUAUCGUGAAAUAUCUCAUUGCUGAGGGCGCAAACAUCAACCCAGAAAAUGAUAAGGGGAAGUCACCUUUGUAUCUGGCUUCACUGAAAGGUCAUCUUGAUGUCGUUGAAUGUCUGGUGAAUGAAGGAGCAGAUGUCAAUAAAUCGACUGAGGAUGGGCGGACACCACUUCAUGUAACGUCACAGAAUAAUCAUAUAGAUAUCGUGAAAUAUCUCAUUGCUGAGGGCGCAAACAUCAACCCAGAAAAUGAUAAGGGGAAGUCACCUUUGUAUCUGGCUUCACUGAAAGGUCAUCUUGAUGUCGUUGAAUGUUUAGUGAAAGCAGGAGCAGAUAUCAACAAAUCGGAUAGGGAUGGGUGGACACCUCUUCAUGUGGCGUCACAUAAUAACCACAUAAAUAUUGUAAACUAUAUCAUUGCUGAGGGUGCAAACAUCAACGCAGAACUUAAUGAUCGGACGACAUCCGUCUAUCUGGCUUGUCAGAACGGUCAUCUUGAUAUCGUUGAAUGUCUGGUGAAUGCAGGAGUAGAUGUCAAUAAACCGGACGAGGAUGGGCGGACACCACUUCAUGUAACGUCACAGAAUAAUCAUAUAGAUAUCGUGAAAUAUCUCAUUGCUGAGGGCGCAAACAUCAACCCAGAAAAUGAUAAGGGGAAGUCACCUUUGUAUCUGGCUUCACUGAAAGGUCAUCUUGAUGUCGUUGAAUGUUUAGUGAAAGCAGGAGCAGAUAUCAACAAAUCGGAUAGGGAUGGGUGGACACCUCUUCAUGUGGCGUCACAUAAUAACCACAUAAAUAUUGUAAACUAUAUCAUUGCUGAGGGUGCAAACAUCAACGCAGAACUUAAUGAUCGGACGACAUCCGUCUAUCUGGCUUGUCAGAACGGUCAUCUUGAUAUCGUUGAAUGUCUGGUGAAUGCAGGAGUAGAUGUCAAUAAACCGGACGAGGAUGGGCGGACACCACUUCAUGUAACGUCACAGAAUAAUCAUAUAGAUAUCGUGAAAUAUCUCAUUGCUGAGGGCGCAAACAUCAACCCAGAAAAUGAUAAGGGGAAGUCACCUUUGUAUCUGGCUUCACUGAAAGGUCAUCUUGAUGUCGUUGAAUGUCUGGUGAAUGAAGGAGCAGAUGUCAAUAAAUCGGCAGAGUAUGGAUGGACCCCUCUUCAUGUGGCGUCACAUUAUAACCACAUAAAUAUUGUAAAAUAUAUCAUUGCUGAGGGUGCAAACGUCAAUGCAGGGGAAAAUACGAUGUCACCCGUGUACGUGGCUUCUAUGAACGGUCAUUUAGAAAUCCUUGAAUGCCUGGUCAAAGCAGGAGCAGAUGUCAAUAAAUCGGCAGAGUAUGGAUGGACCCCUCUUCAUGUGGCGUCACAUUAUAACCACAUAAAUAUUGUAAAAUAUAUCAUUGCUGAGGGUGCAAACGUCAAUGCAGGGGAAAAUACGAUGUCACCCGUGUACGUGGCUUCUAUGAACGGUCAUUUAGAAAUCCUUGAAUGCCUAGUCAAAGCAGGAGCAGAUGUCAAUAAAUCGGCAGAGUAUGGAUGGACCCCUCUUCAUGUGGCGUCACAUAAUAACCACAUAAAUAUUGUAAAAUAUAUCAUUGCUGAGGGUGCAAACAUCAACGCAGAACUUAAUGAUCGGACGACAUCCGUCUAUCUGGCUUGUCAGAACGGUCAUCUUGAUAUCGUUGAAUAUCUGGUGAAUGCAGGAGCAGAUGUAAAUAAUUCAGAUGAAGAUGGAUCGACACCUGUUCAUGUGGCGUCAGAAAAUAAUCACAUAGAUAUUGUAAAAUAUCUCAUUGCUGAGGGAGCAAACGUCAACGCAGAAGAUAACAAUGGGGUCUCACCUGUAUAUGUAGCUGCACAAGAAGGUAAUUUUUAUAUCGUUGAAUGUCUGGUGAAUGUAGCUGCUGCUGUUGUGAAUAAAGCCACAAAGGAUGGAAGAACAGCUCUUCAUACCGCCUCCCAGAGAGGCUAUCUAAGCAUUAUACAAUGUUUGAUUACGCAUGGGGCAGAUAUAGAGGCGCGUGAUAAUAAUGGUUGGACAACUUCUCAUUUUGUUGCUGCGAGCGGUCACUUAGAGUGUUUGAAAUAUCUCUUGAGGGACAGCACUACCGAUAGAGGUGAAGAUAGUCACCACGCCCUUGGUACUAGGAUGCAGACGUUAAAUGGAGUAACCCCACUAAUGCUUGCCGCGAGGGGAGGACAUGAAGAAUGUGUUCGUAUGUUGCUUGAUAACAACGCAGAAAUAGAGGCAACAGAUAAUGAAGGAUGGACAGUCCUCCAUUAUGCAAGUGGGAAUGAAGCAGUUGUGAAUGAUCUACUAGAUCAGAAAGACCUAGUGUGUUCAAGACGUUCAAGAAGAGGGCAUUCACCUUUAGAUGUUGCAUUGCGAUCAGGAAAGGCUGGAGCUACACGGUUUCUUCUUAAUAAGGAUGAAUCAGUUAUACACCAGAGCGACAGUGAAGGAUUUACACCUCUUCACCUUGCUAUUGAAAGUGGAUUAACAUCAAUCGUCGAAGAGUUGAUUUCUUUAGGUGCUGAUUUAAACCAGGCAUCAAACGAUGGCCAGACACCUUUACAUACUGCUAUCAGACUAUGUAACUGUAAGAAGAGACGAGUUGAAAUGACAGAAGCUUUGGACCAGAUACAGCAAGAAAGCGAUGACAUCUUAUCCCCAUCAGAGGCCCUGAUACAAUUCCUAAUAAAUAAGGGAUCUAAGAAGGACAUCAAGGAUAACAACGGGUAUUUUCCAGUACAGUACGCCAAGGUUGAGUGUAUUAAGCAAAUGGCUUCCCAUAGGUCAUUUGGAGAAGAUCCUGAUGCCUCACGUGAUCCACCGAUUCCAAGAUCAACAGAGACUCACCGCAGUAUUGGUAACGAAGGUGGAAUCCUAUACUUGGAUAGUUGUGACGUCACAAUGGCUAUUCCGCCAGGAUCAUUGGAGGCUGGCUCCUUUCACGAUGUAUCUCUCGCUCUGAUUACUGAGGAUCCACCAACAAUCAAAGAGGAUGAGUUUCUUACAGGUCAUGGCGUAGAAAUCAAUAUCCCGAGACUAUGGCUCUACUCAGGAAAUCAGCCAAUAACAAUAACUCUCCCCCAUGCCGCAUCACCCAUGAAGGCAAAUAAAGAGUUUGCUGACAUCAUUUGGAAACAUACUGAAUCGACAUCAUCCCAUCACGUGAAGACAUCUAACAAAAAUACACGAUGUAUCAUCAAAGAAAGAGAAAUGGAUAUCAUCAUCUCUGCCAACUCAGUGAUCAAUGGAAGGAUACAGCUAUGGGUACCAUUCGAUAUUCACCGUCACGCCACGGGGAAACUGAUGGCUUGCACCCCUUUCCUUCCUGUUGAUAUGGUACAGGGCAAUGAUGUAACACUACGGAUGUACAUUCACGAGGACAUACCUUACAUUGCUGAGAAAAUAAAGGAAGAAGAGGAACAACUGUUAAACCGUCAGGUACAUCCUAAAAGAUGUUUUGAACUUGCACCUGAAUCAAGCGACCUACAGAUAGAAUGCAAUGGGAGAAAUGUGAGCAUCUCUGCUAAAGAGCUAUUCAACCAACGGGAGACUCUUGUUUCGAUGCCCAUUACGACUGAACCCAAUACCAGAACGCAAAUGAUUAACAUCUCAAUGUCAACCAAAGAUAAAGAUCCAACGACGAGCAUGGCGUUUAUGGCGAUACGAACAGAUUUCUCUACUGACAUGCAAUCAACACUUGAUGAGAUAAUCACCGCUUCAGACACUGAGAGCAGAGAAAAGGACACCGGGAUUGAGGAUGUCAUCACGAAGGAUAUGAACACAGAUAAGUACUACCAUCUAGGAAUAGCACUUGGUCUGUCCUACGAAACACUUGACAGCAUCCAAGCAAGUAUCAGAGGACAAAAAGUAGAAGCUGGGGUUUAUACUUCAAACCAACGAGCUGCUAUUAUCAUGAUCCGCUACUGGAAACACUUACAGCAUCCUGACUCCCAAGCAGAUGAUCAUCUGAGAGAGGUGUGGUCAUCUGUGACCAAUUCAAGAAAGCCCGACGUUCCUGUUAAGCAAGCUAGCAGCUUAGACGAAACAGUUGGUUCUACUACGAAAGAGAACUUUGAAGACAAGUCAUGCGGCGCAAGACCUGUUCGGACAGAAAGUUUCUAUGACAUUGGGACAAAGAUCCCUUCUCUCCCGAGCAUCCUUGAAACAAGAGGUCCUUGGGAGGAGAGAUUUCAAUUUCAACGAAGUAGAACUCCAAGUAUCCGAAGUGACUCAUCAAGCAGUAUCAGCACGUUGCAAGAGGACCAGGAAAUGGGAUUUCUAAGAACUCCUGGUGCUUAUUCCAGUAUACGCAGAAUGGCAUCAUACUCGAGUCUCAUAGGUCUACGUGGCAUAUGGCCAAGAGAUCCAAGCAUUCGGAGAUACCAUGAACGUGAUGAAGGAGAAGGUGACAAUUAUUGUCCAAAAGUCAGUUAG